AUGAGCGACCGCGACAACCUCUCCAAGCGGGCCAUCCCGCACAUGACCCUCUCCAACCCGACCACCCACCCCGUCCUCCCGUCCUCCGCCUACGCAGCCCCCUUUGACUCGAGCGCCGGUCGCUUCGCCGUCACAGGCACGGCCAUUCUCACAGGAGGAACCGGGGAGAUUGGUUUCGCCUCGUCACGCGCGCUGCUGCAGCAUGGUCUCCAUAAUCUCAUGCUCUUCGACCUCGCCCCCUCCGCCGACAAAGUCGACCAACUCCGCCAGGAAUUCCCCCAGUCCAAGAUUGAAGUUCUUCCCGUCAAUGUGUCCGACGAGGAGGACGUGACCAGGGCUGUCGACCGCACAAUCGAGCUGUUUGGCGAGCUGAACGCUCUGGUCUGUUUCGCCGGCAUCGUCGGCUGUGUCCACGCUCUGGACAUGCCUAUCGCGCAGUGGCGCAAGGUUGUCGACGUCAACACCACGGGGUCCUUUAUAUGCGCACAGGCCGCGGCCAGGAAAAUGGUCGCGCAGGGCAGCGGCGGGCGCAUCAUAUUCACAGCGAGCAUCUCUGCGCAUCGGGUGAAUUACCCGCAACCACAGGCCGCGUACAACGCGUCCAAGGCAGCGCUCAUCAACCUCAAGAGCUCGCUGGCGGCUGAGUGGGCGACGUACGGCAUCAUGGUGAACAGCAUCAGUCCAGGAUACAUGGACACGGUGCUCAAUGAAGGCGAGGGACUGAAGGAGGCAAGGGACAGCUGGUGUGGGCGCAAUCCUAUGGGGAGGAUGGGGUUGCCGGAGGAAGUGGCGGGUUCAGUGGUGAUGCUGGUCAGUAGGGCGGGUAAGUACAUUAAUGGGGCGGAUAUCGUGAUUGACGGAGGUGGUAUCGUCUUCUAA